AUGGCGUCCGCCACUGCGAACACCCAGGGCCCUCGGCGGUCGAAGAUGAUCGGGAAGGAGAUCACCCAAUGGCUCCACGAGCAGGAGCAGGCAAGGAAAAGCCGGAUCCGGUGGUCGCCGCCCAUCUUCGAGAAGCACAGCCGGAUGUCGCGGAAGCAUAUCAAAUGCAAAGAUGUCUGGGUCUGGAAGAUUCCGGGAUUUGUGAUGCAUAUUUUGUAUGCUCGAUGAUGCAUGUAAUGCAUGAUCUAGCAUCACAGAUUUUUAGAGGGCUUCCUGAUGCCUAUUCCGCAUGAGAAAUGCCCUCUCCGCGUAACACAAACCGGGCUCCUGUUGCUGGCCACGCAAUACAGAUUUUUUUGGAAUCCAAAGACAGCAUGAUUCCAGACCCAGACAUUUUUGCAAUGCAUAAAGCAGUACCUGGAAAACAUGAAUCUUUCCAUGGCGCCGCAGGAGAUCGACAUGUUGGCAGAGGAGUUGGAAAUCGCCGAGGAGCUGCAGGAGUGGAUGGUUUUCGACCUGGUCUUCGGCUUUCUCGUCAUUUUUAACGCGUUGUUUAUCGGUUUGGAGGACAUAUCAAAUGCAAAAAUGUCUGGGUCUGGAAUGUUGCCGGGUUUGUCAUGCAUAUUUUGCAUGACCCACAAUGACUGUAAUGCAUGACCUAGCGUCACAGAUUUUUAGAGAGCUUCCUGAUGCCUAUUCCGCAUGACAAAUGCCCUCCCCGCGUAGCACAGACUAGACUCCUCGCGCUGAUCAUGCAAUACAGAUUUUUUUAGAGGCCGAAGUUAGCAUCACAAGUUCCAACUGUCCAGACCCAGACAUUUUUGCAAUCCAUAGGACAGCUACAACUACGAGGAGGACGCGACCACGAUCACGUCCUGGUACAUCUUCGAGUGCUAUCAACUGCAAAAAUGUCUGGGUUUGGAAAGUUGUGAUGUAAGGAAGGGAAUAGUGAGCACAGGCAUACUGUAGUGCGCAGCGCAGCAUGACAAGUUUUUCCGUGGUUCAGAGUUGCGUACUCCGCAUGAGAAACUGCGUUUUUGCAUGACAGGCAAGAGGAGCUCUUUGCGGGCACGCAAUACAGAGUUGAGAGUCAUGCCUGACUAGCAUGACAAAUCUCGCAAUUUCCCAGACCCAGAGCAGAUAUUUGCAUAUGCAUAAGUGCCUCUUUUUCGUGCUGUUUUCCGUCGAGUGGGUGCUGCGGUUCAUCGGGGCGAAGUCCUGGCAAAAGUUGGCGGAAGAUAGCUGGUAUGGAUUGCAAAAAUGUCUGGGUCUGGAAGAUUGCAACUUGUGAUGCUGUUUUUGGAUUCCAAAAAAAUCUGUAUUGCAUGACCAGCAACAGGACUCCAGUUUGUGUUACGCGGAGAGGGCAUUUCUCAUGCGGAAUAGGCAUUAGGAAGCACAAUAAAAAUCAGUGAUGCUAGAUCAUGCAUUAGAGGCAUCAAUCAUCAUACAAAAUAUGCAUGACAAGUCCGCAUUCUUCCAGACCCAGACAUUUUUGCACUUGACAGCUGGAUGAUCAUCGAUAUUUUGCUGCUAGCGAUAACGGGGUUUGACCUCUUCAUCUUCAAGUUCGCACUGACCGAGGUGGAUGGUAUAUUGGAUUAUUUGUUCUUCGUACUCAAAUUUCAUUUGUGCCUUGAGAAGAUGUGGUGCGGAGAAAUGCUUUCUGUGUUGUGAUGAUGUCUUCUGUCGUCUACAGCAGCAGACCCCAUAAGUCUCCCAUCGUACUACUCUGUUUUACCAUCUUGUUCGUCAGGCGCCGGCAACCUGACGAUUUUCCGCGCCUUCCGUAUUUUCCGUCUUGCCCGGCUUGUCCGCGUUUUCAAGCUACUCAAGUCCGUCGCCCGGCUCGUCACGGGCCUGCAGAUCUCGUUCCGGACGCUGUUCUGGGCGAUUUUUCUCAUUGCCGUCACGGUGUUCGUCUUCGCGGUGCUGAUGGUAGAGCUAGUCGGGAAAAACGAGGAGGCGUACGAUGCCGUGGUACGGAACAACUGGAAGGAUUUGAGUUCCAGCGCCACCAGCUUUAUCCUGCUCGCCACGGCCUCCGGGUGGCAGCGCAGGGUGGACGCGUUAAAGGACGCGAACGCGCUCUUUUUGGUCCCCAUUCUGCUCUUCAUGCUCUUAGUCGUGGUCGGCAUUUUUAACAUGAUCAUCGGUUACGCAGGGUGGUUUGAGUGGGUCGUGUUUGGGGUGAUGUUCGGGGAGGUUGUGAUAUGUCUAUAUGCAGCUGCUGACAACAGUAGUCGAUUCUUCGUCAUAACUGCAGUGGCUAUUCAAGAAGUAGUGUAAAAAGCAGACCCCUGAUCUCACCCCAAAACGACCCGCAUUCCCUUUGAAUGUCGCGUGAUGGUGUACACCGCCCUCGCGAUCGAGGAGAGCGCCCGCAGGUCCGGCGAGGCGCAGCGGAAUUUCGAGCACCGGCUGGGGCUGAUUCGGUUGAAAAAAAUUCUCUCGUCCGUCAACAACCGGCCCUUGCUCCGGAACCCGCAUAGAAUGGGCGUGGUCGAGUUUGCGGAACUGUACGACGAGGGUGCUUUUCAGAAGCAAAUCCAGUUUCUGAAACCUUUCCUUCCCCUAAACAAGCUCCGGGAAUUGGUGCAUUUGAUCGCGGAGGUGAACCCAGUCACCCAGGAAUACGACUUUUCCAUCGACAGCUUCAUCCACGUGCUGUCCUGGCUCAGCGAGCGGGUGUUUCUGCCGCGCGACAUGGUGUACCUGCGCGCCGCCAGCUCGCACGCGCUGGAGAUGAUGGGGCAUUUGAAGGGGCAAACGAAUCAGGCGGUGGCGAACUUCAUGCACAAACUGGACGCCUGCUACAAGGAGGCGCAGGAGAUCUACCCGGUGCUGCAGGUGCCCGACACGCUGUCCGUCGCCCCGAAGCGGCCGCCGGGGAAGAAGCAGAGCAGUGCAUCGUCCUCGUUGGUCGCGUCCAAGGCGGAGACCGCGCAGGCGCUGUCCGUGGUUUUGGACGGGCUCGAGCCGUUCAUUUCCCCCGCCAAGCGGGCAUCGAGCGCCAAGAGGGGACGGAUGAUCUCGAAACAGGAGAUCGAGGAGGCGCGCACGAGGAAACGGCAGGCGAAACGGAGUCAGAAGGUGAAAGAAUUUUUACCGCCGGUCCACGAACAGGAUGAUUUUUUAGGAGAGCAGGACUCUCAUUCGCAACGACAAGGGACGAGAGAAGCUUCACAAGAUAGAGGCAAUAAUUCCACCUUGGCGGGAGACGGUGCGAGUAGUCGGUGCACCCUGGAUUUCCUCCCGGAAGACCGCGCGGCGUAUAUCGAAAGGAAAAAUCCCCCCUCCCCAUAUCAAAACGGAAUUUCUGAUGCUGGAUAUGUGUACACAAAUUGCUGAAGAGCAUUGCAGGCCCAUACUAAGCGUGAGUAGAGAGGUUUUGGCCUAGGCGCAUAGCAUGAAAAAUAUCCGAGCUGUAGGUCCAAAAGCAUGACAAACCGCUUGCACAAUGCGGCGGAGCCUGCGGAGUUGCCUUCUUGCAAGACAGACACGAUUUGUGACCACAAAUCAGCAUCACAGAUUUCAAAAAGUAUACCGCUUCAGUAUGGCGAGGGGGGAUUUUCCCCUACGAUAGCGUACCCGGAUCAGAUCGCCUACCCGAAGUCCGGGCGGGAGACGCUGACGCUGUGGCACCCGUUCGUCAACGCUUUUGAACCCCAGUUCGCGCCCAUGGAGUACGAACACCUCCGGCUCGGCGACAACAUCCGAAUUCUACCCCAUCUAGGCAACACGCCCCAAGCGGACCUGCAUGGUUUGGCCCGGUGGGCGCAGUGCCCCUGGAACGACUUCCCCUUGACACUAGUGGACCAGUGCAACGAGUUCGUGGACCGGGAACGGCAGGGCGUGAUGAAGAAGCAGGAAACGUACCACAAGUCAACCUUGGCGGAGAUGCGGCGAUUGGAAACCGUGCGGAAGCCGGGCGCGAGUUCUGCCGACGUGCAGAUCGAACAGGGGUUUUUGCAUUUCGGACAGCACCGGAAGCACAUUCCGAAGGAGGUGUUGGACUCGUUGAACAACACGGGUGGAGGUUUUUCCACCUCCUUCGCAUCCUUCACCUCCUCGAAAACGCUCGACGCGUUGACCGCGUCGGACACGUGUCUGGGCAAGUUGAAGAACCUGUUUGUCCGGAUUUGCUGCUGCGGAAGCAGCGAGGAGGAAAACGCGAGGCGGCGGGAUAUCUUGUGCAAAAGUAUCGUACUCGUAUUGCAGUCAUGCAUAACCAAUUUUAUUUCUCAUGCUGAGGAAAUUUGUAAUUCAUUUAUACGAGUGCGAUACUUGUUUUGCAGUUCAUACGGGAGCAGCAGCGGCAACGACAGCAGGUGAGCCCGACCUCGAAAGCCAACCUGUUCGCGAUGGUGAGCCCCCGCAGUCAGGGCAGCGGGACCCCGCGGAGUGGGGACCGGAGCGGAGAGGAGAGCAACGAAGGGGACCACGCAGCGGCGGGCGGGGCAGACGACCAGGCCCCCGUGGCUGACGCGGAGGACGAGGCGAGUCUGGUGUUUUUCCGGGAGGCCGUAAACAACGCUUUGUUUCCCGUGGACUGCUUUUGGUUCGCCGCCGCGCUGCUCCACGCGAUUCUCAUGGGCCUGUCGCUGUCCGAGCGCACGAACUUCAACACGACCGCCCACGUGGACAGCGGCACGUCGAGCAACGACGCCUUCCGCCUCAUCGAGGGGGCUUUUUUGGUCAUUUUCAUCGGGGAAAAUCUGCUGCGGUACUUGCUGUUCAUCCAGUCGGAAUAUAACAACGACGUGAUUUUUACGUUGAACAUCCUCCCGCAACGGCAGUACCUCUGCGUGGGUUUAUCCCUCUUCCCCUGCGAGUUCCCCUACUUUUUGCGUGCGGACCCCUACUGCGCGCUCGAUCUCGCCCUCAUCUCGGCCAGCGCGUUCGCGAACAUUUCCCUGCUGCCGCUGCGCCUCCCCUUCGUGCAGUUUUUGCGGUUCGCGCGCCACGACUUUCCGAAUUUCGACGAGGGGUUACUGCAAUGAAAAAUGCCCCCACCCCCCAUUUGUAUUGCAAACCUUUCCAAAUGAAACAUUCGCCCUCUUGCAUCUAUCAGCAUCACAGGUUUCCAAUUGUGAAUAGCAAAAAUUUGUAUUGCAAAAGACCCCAGCAAGAGCGGCGCUUGUCAUGCAAGCGAUGCGAUACUCGCCUAGACUCUGCAUCAGAAAGAUUCAUAUGCCUUUCAUGCAUGACAAAAAGUUUUCAUUUGGAAACUGCGCAUCACAAAUAUUUGCAAUGUCAGGGGUGGGGGGCACUUUUCACUGUAAUAGGGGUGGCUGUUGUUGCAGGGCAUGCAGUCCGCGGUCCGGACCCUCUUCUGGGUGGGGUAUCAAAUGCAAAAAUGUCUGGGUCUGGAAGAUCCUGAGACUUGUCAUGCACGUUUUGCAUGAGCCAUGAUGUCUGUGAUGCAUGCCCUAGCAUCGCAGGGUUUUUGAGGGAUUCUUGAUGCCUAUCCCGCAUGACAAGUGCCCUCUCCGCGUAGCAAAAAUUGGAUUCCUUUUGCUGCUCACGCAACGCAAAUUUCUUAGACAUCCGAAUGCAGCAUCACAAGUUCCAACCUUCCAGACCCAGACGCUUUUACAUUUGAUAUGGGGGUGGGGUCCGCGAUUCUGGUGUACUUGAUCAGCAUCUUCGGAAUGCUCCUCCUCCGUGACCAGGACAUCGUGAAUGCCCAGGUGUAUUUCGGAACCCUUGCUUCCUCGAGUUUGACGGUGAUGCAGAUUCUACGAUGCGCGAAAGAUGAUUAAGCAUCGUUGUUGCUUCGCAUACGCGGAGUCGAGUCAAGAUAGAUUACAUUUUCGCGGUUGCUGCAACAAAGCAAGUAGAUGCGACUUUCACUUUUUCGAGGAGCACGCCAGGCAGAAGUCUUCCUGGCAUUGUAGAAAGACUUUUAUCGUUUCAUAAGCGUAUGCGAAGUGAUCAAUCCUUUUGCAAUGUCCAUAAGCAGCGACUUUCGACAAUUGGUCUGCGGUGGUGAAGCCGAUGGUGGACGCGCACAGUCAGGUGUUUAUCUUUUUCUAUCCUAUGUAAAAACGUCCCCACCCCAGAGUUGUCGUGCAAAUCUGCAUGGUAAAAAUGCUUCUCAUGCGGAGCCCCAUGAGAGGCAAUUUUUAGUCGUGUUUCGCAAUUUGUCAUGCUCCAAUCGGCAUGAUGUGCUAGAUCUGUGAUGCUGCUGAACUAGCUAAACAGGAUUACACUAUGAGGCCAAAUUUGUCAUGCGGACCUCCGAAAACUUGGGGACUUGUGUUGCAGACUUUCCAUCUUGACUAUGGUGUGGGGAUGUUUUUACAUAUGAUAUUUUCGCGAUCAUCAUCACGCUGAUGAAUUUCGGGCUCCUGAACAUCGUGAUUGGAAUUUUUUGCGAGACGGCCUACGAAAUUCUCGAAGAACGAAGAAAACAAACGGACAUGCGGCGGUACUCGCAGAUGCGUGGAGACAUGGUACUGUCGAUAGUGUAUGUAAGUGCGUGCUGUAUGUCUAGCAGGUCUGCUGGGGACCGGGAUUGCGGCUAUUUCGACAAUCACGCGUUUGAGGAUUGAACGGAAUAUUUGUGAAGGUAUUAGUUUCGUUCAUCUAUUUACCAUGCAGUCGCUUUCCUUUUACAGUGGUACCGCAAACCACAUUCAGGGCGGGCUUCGAUCAAGGUUGGCCGCCUACGUAUCGCUCGACGCGGAAGGCGAGGUCUGGAUUGACCGCAGACUAAUCGACAAAAUGUUCGAAAGCAACACCGUAUCCAGUGGUGCAGCGAGUCAUUCAUGAGCAGGGUCGUCGAGGAAUUACCAACUGAAAUUAAGAUGCGAACGAUGGAGGAUAUGAUGUCACGUCGUGUAGAAAAUCCUGCUCUCGUGUAUGCAUCCUUCGUGUGACAGACGCAGAAGAUAAUAAAACCCAAGAAAUGUCGAAGAUUUCUAUACACUAUCAAAAAAUGAAUCUGCACUUUGGUAUUGUUUCUCGACUGAUCAUGUCCUAACUCAGCGAGUUGCACCGGUGGAUACGCCAAUUCAAGCAGUCGGGACGGCGACCAAAGCGCGGCGCUGCAGAUAGCCGGCAUGAAGUCCAGUCAGGUGCAAAUGAUUUUGGAUCUGUUAGACGUGGACCCGCUGGACCAACGAGGCGAGCAGUCCAUGUCCGAGUUCUUCACGGCGCUAGAAGCGUGGCAGAGGCAGCACGUGCAGGCCAUUGACGUGUUUGCGUUGCGGGUUCACUCCGAAACGUUGCUGCGCAAGGUCCGGCUACUGGAGGAUCUGGUGGCGUCUGUCUCGCGGGAGUACGAGCGAUGUCUAUCACCUUGCACAACAUCCUCACAACCCGCUCCUGCUUGUGUGGUCGUACUUUCUCAACAGGGUCACAAACUGCACAACGUCCCCACCGCGCUUGCAAACCUGGCCUUAGCUUCUGCAUCCUCUGAUUGCAUGAUAAAUUCCGCAAGUCGCGCAAACGUUUAAUAUCUUGCCCUACUGCGGACCAGUCCUCAAUAGAUAAGUGGGAGAGCAGCAGGAGGUUGUUGUGCGUCUCCAUACUGUCUGCCGCGGAUGCACGAGGAUUUGAAACACGCAAAGGAGAAGCUAUAUCCGGAACUCAUCCGGCCAGAGUCAGGCCUAAAGUAUGUCAAAUAAAGCACUUAGCUGCACCGAGACCGUCUGAGAAAGUUACUGCAACCGCGUUCCUCUUCCAUUUUUGAAAAAGUCGAUCCAUAGGACAAGACGAAGAUCAACAUGAUCAACAUUCCAAUGCGGUAUAAUUUGAUAGAGUGCGAGAUCGGGGAGUAGCGGAGCAACACGAAUGGUCUCUAGAUAAGAACAUCGCUUUAGUUAAACACACAUCAUGAUAUCAACCGUGCAGCGCUUUAGGCCUCUUGCAUACCAGGGGGGCUAUCUUGAAAACGCUGACCGCCCAGCGGAUGCACCGUGCCUUGGGCGAGACGCGGCGAAAACAGCUGCUGAAGAAGGCCGAGCAGGACCUAGAGCGGAGUCGGAAGGAAAUCCGGGAGUCCGGUGCGGUCGAGGAGGAGUUGGGACACGUGUACCUCGCCAACCGGGACCUGCAGCGACGCAAAUACGAAGAGGAAAACGCGGCGGAGAAUGAUCUCAGCUGCACGUUGGCGCCCGCGACCAAUUUCCGCUUUCACGAGUGGGGGCGCCGGUCCCGCGCCUGCAAGGCGACGAAAAAACUCUCACAGGACUUCGCGGUCGCGCAGAAAAAAAACAAAAAGCUGAAGCAAGACGUAUCAAUGCCCGUUUUUGAAUUUGUAUACUAUUAGGCACGCCAUGAGAUGCGAGCGUCAGACUUACUUUUUUUCGCAAAGCAGACGAGAGAAGAACAUAGGUAGUGUACGAUUAACACCAAUCCAAGAGAUGAAACUUCCUCCCAUACAUCAGCUCCAACGCGCACUCUACACGGCGUCCUUGCGCGAGCGAGAGAUUCGCACGUCUCUCCGGUCCGAGCAGCGGGCGGCGAGUCAAACGCAGAAGAGUUUGCAGGCGAAGUCCGCAGUUCGAGAGACAAACGGGGCCGACCAAACGCCCAUCGAUUCCGCACGGAGCGGGGUCUUUGCGGGCCUGUUUGGAAGCUAGACGCGGCGCGAUGCUGGAGGAGACUUCGAAGAGGGCCAGUGAAGUCGCAGUAAUAUGCCGCUUUUCUGCUGGCGCGGUCCUGUUUCAGGGUAUGCCGCACGGUUUUCUUUUCCUAACUUUUUUUCAAGAUGUGGAGCAAUCAUCCAAGCAAGGAAAAGGACCCAAGCACAAGAACGUCGUUUUCCUUUAUUUUCACCAGAAGUGUACAACAGUACAAAGAGAUAGACUCGAGUUUUAUUGAUAUCACAUCAGAGAAAACAAUGGAAGCUGCAUCUGACAGAGCUUAAGCAACAGGUAACAGCAAUGGAUUUUACCAUCUUCGCAACAGAAUCAAAAAGACCAGCAGGCAUACUACGCUGGCAGGGAAAGAUUUCCACAUCAACGCGAUUGUGUAGCUUGAAUCGAGCGUCGCAAGAAAAAGCUGCUAGAAGAAGCUUUCGGGUGACGGAAUAAAGCGAAAGCUUAAACUAAGGGCGUGUCCAGAGGACCUAGGUUUCAUACGGAAUGGAAAGUCCAAACAAGCCGAAG